AUGCCUAAAUUGGAUUCAGAAUGUUGUGACUCUAAGCCAUUCAAUACUGGAAACUAUGAGUGGAAGGUAAAACUAUAUCCCAAGGGAAAAGGUGCUGAAUUGGGCAGUUAUCUUUUACUUUACCUAGCCUUAGCUAACCCAACAGCCCUUCCUCCAGGUUCUAAAGUAUAUGCACAGACAGUAUUACGCAUCAUUGAUCAAAAGCAAGCUAAGCAUUAUUUUGGAAAAGGUAACUACUGGUUUAGUGCCUCAAACAAUGAAAAUGGUGCAUCCAGAUUCAUUUCAAUCAGUAAUUUCACCAGUCAAAACAUGGGAUAUCUGGUGAAAGACAUUUGCUUGGUAGAAGCGGAGGUUACAGUUCUUGGAGUGGUUGAUGCAU